CUUAGGUAUUCUUUCUUUCUUCCUUGCCUUCACCUAUCAAUCAACAUGGCAAGGAUCUCAGCAUGUCUGGUUCAUGCUUUAACCUUAUUCGUUCUAAUCCAUGUUGCACUAGCUGAAUACGAGCCUUACACGCCCAACAAGGAAACUCCAUACAAGAAACCAGUUGUAGAUCUUACUGUAGAAGCAUAUCUUCCAAAAUACGAAGCUCCAAAAUACGUCUAUGCAUCUCCACCACCACCGGCUUACAUCGCUCCCAAGUACGAAGCACCAAAGUAUACUCCUAAAUACGUUUACACCUCUCCACCACCACCGGCUUACGUCGCUCCCAAGUACGAAGCACCAAAAUAUACUCCGAAAUACGAAGCCCCAAAGUACGAAGCAUCAAAAUAUACUCCUAAAUACGAAGCACCCAAAUACGAAGCACCAAAAUACAAAGCACCCAAGUACGAAGCACCAAAGUACACUCCUAAAUACGAAGCGUCAAAGUAUACUCCUAAAUAUGUCUACGCAUCUCCACCACCACCGGCUUACGUCGCCCCCAAGUACGAAGCACCAGUGUACACCGCUAAAUACAUGUACGCAUCUCCACCACCACCGGCCUACGUCGCCCCCAAGUACGAAGCACCAGUGUACACCCCUAAGUACGUCUACGCAUCUCCACCACCACCGGCCUACGUCGCCCCCAAGUACGAAGCACCAGUGUACACCCCUAAGUACGUCUACGCAUCUCCACCACCACCGGUUGCAGAUAUAUGUUCACUAAUGGAAUUUCAUUUCCUUUUCGUUUUAAUGUUUCUGCAUUAUGAUGCAAUAUAA